AUGGCAGCAUUAAGUACUUCUAAUAUCGAGCUGAUGAUCCUGCCCGCACUAAUAAUUUUAUCCUUUACGAGCGGGACCCUGGCACAAUGGGCAGCAUGUGCUAGUGGUACCGUAGCGAUCGCGGUAAAUGCCAGUGACACCAUCUACGCUUUGAAGAACGAUAGCGGCGUGAUCCCAUUGCUUCCUGGAACGCAAUGCAGCUUUCAGAUAGCACCACUUCCAUUCACGGUAGCUUUCAUAUCAGUGUCAGGCUCAAAUUUCACAAAUUCGACGGUGGUCGCCUACUACGAAGGCAAUACAGCCAAUCCUAUUUAUGUAAAUGACUCGAAUCCGAUCGAAUUCACGUUCCCAGCAAGUGCAGCUCCAUAUCUUGUUAUGGUAAGAAGAUUACCCACUGAGUCACCAGCCACAUUCGCAAUGAAAAUUCGUGGUGAAGAAGUCUCACCUGGCGAUAUGACCUAUGGCAUUAGCAGCAACGCGACAUUGCGUAUUCUUCCUGGAUCAUAUAAAACGUUCAGUUCAACGUUUUAUACCCCUGAUGGUUACAAAGUUGGCCUAAUGGUAGAUUACUACACAAAUUCGACUACUAUGCCAAUGAAUGAACCACUGAAUUUGUUAAGGAACUUGAUAUUCUUCUCAAAUACGAGCUAUUUGGCAACAGCAGCUGCUAUCUAUACUACGAGAAAUGGCGUCUUCCCUACGGGACAGCAAUAUCUUACAAUGUUUGAUAAGAUAAACACGACCGACAAAGUUAACCUCAUUGCUUUUGCCUACAGAGAACCCUUCAACAGUCUCUGGUCGGCGUAUAGUUUCUCUGAUAUGCGUGAGAGUGACUUCAACUUGACCUUAACUGCUGGAAGCCCUUUUGCAGCCAAAGUUGUAUCAAAAAUUGGUGACAGUGCAAAUGGAGUAAUUGAUGAUAUUGUCUGGAUGUCUGCUAGAUCAUUGGAAAUCUAUGAAGGGGUGCCUGAAAUCAAUGCAACAUCUACUACCGGAAAGUUGGUGACAGUCUUGAACAGUACGAAUACGAAUGCAACGGCGAACAAUACGGUCAAGCUGCCCUCCUCUGUUUAUACUUUUGUAAAUCGAGGUGGAUCCAUGUAUAUAUCACUGAAUAUGACGACAAGUGGAGAUAAAGGCUCUUCAGCCGUGUACUUGAAUAUCUUGCUCGGAUUAUUAGCUCUUGUGUUGUUACCUCUGUACUGAGAUGACAGCGAAUACUUAUUCUAACCGGUGAUAUCAGCAUAUAAGGGUAGUCAGAUACAAAAGAGCCUCUAGAAGCAAAAAAUCUUGAACACUAUGAAAUAUUCUUAAUUUUGACAGUAAUUUGGUAAGCUGUUGAGUAUGCAUGUCUGUGAUCGAACCUUUUACCUAUUUUUUUAUUGUGCGCGUAAUCUACCCCGAUUUCAUAUAGAUUUCUUACGGUGAUGCAAAAAUUUUCAUUUUUUCUUAUAAUGUUGAUGUAAUAA